CCUUAGUUCCACUGCUGUCUCUUUCCUCACUUCCUCUUUCAUCACUUUCUCAAACCAAAACAAACACAGCACAGUUAACACACAAACACCAAUGACCAUCCAACUUAGAUUGUUUUUGCAGCCACAAAACAUCUUAGGAGUUGACCAAACCAACGCAAACGCAAUUCAUUCAUAAUCCACUGCAGCUUCCCUCUCUCUCUCUCUCUCUCUUAUUCCCUGGAACAAUAAAAAAAAAAGCCUGGGGAAAAAGAUAAAGCUUCUCGUUUUCUCUCUGCCCCUUCUUUCCCGCCACCUUCGUUUCAUUCACCCUUUUCGUUUAACUUCAAUUUCUCGUCCUUUUCUUUUUCUUCUUCUUUAUCUUUUUCCUUUCCUCUCUCUCUCCCAACAUACCUUCUGAUCCGAUCUAAUAUGCUAACUGAGGUUGCUGCGUACUGGGCACCCUGUUUCUCGCGACAGUGAAAGUUUGGAGACCAUUUUUUUCCAGCCAGAAUGCUGUGAAUGAAUUUGGUAUUUCACUUUCGAGAUCUACUGUGGAAAAUCUGUUGGUAUUUUGUUAAAAAUUUUGAGCAAGAUGUCUGGUGAAUCAGCUCCCAAACCCAAACCACGAUUAGUGUUAUGCCCUAAAUGCUGGCAACUUCUUCCAGAGUCUCCAGACUAUGAUGUGUACAAGUGUGGUGGAUGUGGCACAACACUUCAAGCUAAGAAACGAAGAAGUAAGGAUGUGAACUCAGAGUCUAGUAUGCAUGAAACGGAUGCAGCUCCUAGAAAUGCAGUGGAUCCUAAAGCUGAUGAUAAACAAUACAACAAUGAAGAGAAACUACUUAGAUAUCAGGAAAAUGGUGUGAGGGAAAAGUUGAUUAGUUCUUCAUCAGGAAAAUGCUCUUUGGAUGGAUACGAUAGAAGGGAUCAAAUUGAAAAUGGUGAAUGCAAUGGAGAGCAACUAGUUGCUUCUCAGGUGAAUGGUUUCAAUGAAGAAACAACUCGUUCUUCCUCUAGAGAAUGUUCUUCGAGUGAAAAUGGUGGUAGGGAUCAAAUUAAAGAUGGUGAAUUCAAUGGAAAGCAGCUAGUUACUUCUCCGGAGAAUGGUUUUGGGGUAAAAACAUCUAGUUCUUCCUCAGGAGAGAGUUCUUUGGCUGGAAAUGGUGGAAGGUAUCUAAUUGAAGGUGGUGAAUGCGAUGGAGAGCAGCCAGUUAUUUCUCAGGAGAAUGGUUUUAGUGAAAAAGCGGCUAGUUCUUCCUCACAAGAAUGUUCUUUGAAUGGAAAUGUUGAAAGGAAUGAAAUUGAAGAUGGUAAAUACAAUGGAGAGCAUCCAGUUAUUUCUCAGACUAAUGGUUUGGGUGAAAAUGCAGCUAAUUCUUCCUCGGGAGAAAGUUCUUUGAAUAGAAAUGGUGGAAGGAAUCAAAUUGAAGAUGGUAAAUACAAUGGAGAGCAGACAGUUAUUUCACAGGAGAAUGGUCUUAUGGAAAAAGCCUCUGGUUCUUCCUUGGGAGAAUUUUCUUUGGAUGAAAAUGAUGGAAAGGAUCAAAUUGAAAAUGGUGAACGCAAUGGAGAAUGGAUUGAACAUGUUAAUUUGUCAGAUGAGACACUGGAAAAUGAGAUGGAUAUGUAUAAAUUGUCAGAUAUGAGAAGUCAAAGUGGUUGUUCAGAUGAGCUAACUCAUUUUGAAAAUGAUGCCUCAGCAGAAUUGGUGGCAGUGUGUUCAGUAGAAAAUGCUAACACAAACUUGCAUCUAGAAGGAGAAGAGCUAAGUAAUGGAAAUGUGCCAUUAGAAGGAGCAGGGGAGCAGUUAAUUAGUGCAUUGGAUAAAGAAGAUGCCAAUGAUGAGAAAUCAGAUUUACAAGUAAAUGGAAACUUGAUACUAGAAGGGCCAGAAGAAGAGUUAUUUUGUGGAUCAGGUGAAGAAGGAGUCAAUAAUGACAAAUUGGAGCUAUUUGGUGCGAAUCCUAAGGUGGUCAUUAAUGGAAGCAGAGAAGCAACAUCAGAAGAAUUACUUGACGGAAACUUGUUAUUGGAGGUAACAGAAGAGCAGUUGAAUGGUGAAGAUCUUAAACAUCUGCUAUCAGAUCUAGUGGGUGCAAAAUCUGAAGUGGACAAUGCAGGAAAUACAUCUACUGCCAAAAGGUUAAGUACUGAAGAAGGAAGCAUUUCAUGUGCCUACCCCAGUGAACUUGAAGAGGGUUCAUUCAGCAACCAUGCAUCUUCCAAAACCAUUGCUCAUAGCUUUGAUCGUGUAAGGUCUGUGGAUACAUUUGAUAACACAGAAGUGAUGAAUCCUGGUUUUGAGACUAGUGGUACUCUUGGAGGAUUUCCUAAAUCUUCAACCACUCGAAGCUACCAUGCUUAUGAUGGAAGUGUCUCUUCAAAUGAUGGGGUGGAUGACCAGUUCCCUAAUCAAUAUUUAGAUUCUUUUGAGAACACUUACGCUGUUUCUAGUGGGGUUUUUGAGGGAGGAUCCAGAAAGGGUAAAGGCAUUGUUAACAGCAUGCUACAUGGAGAUCUUGAAACAAUAAACCGUUAUUUUCAGGAGGGAAGGCCUUAUGUCCAAAGAGACAGCAUGGUGAAUAUAAAUGAAGUUCCAGAGACUACAAGACAUGAUCAUGCACAUUGGAUGAGAACAAAGAGAGAUGAGUUUCCACCCAGAAUACCUCAUCAUCGAAGUGGUUCACAAUCUGGCUAUGAAAGUGGAAGCACAUCAAAUCAAAUUAUUGAUGAGUUCUACUGCGGCUCAAGCUAUCUUUCACAUGACUCAUAUGAUGACCCUGACCAGGAGAAGAUGAAACUGUUGAGAUUGGUUUAUAAAUUGCAGUAUCAACUCAACAGAACUAGCUAUGUAAGUGGUGAAACCAAUGGAAGAUCGUCCAUGGGAAGUCACAUGUCUGCAUACCAAAGCCAUGAUCUUCAUGAAAGAAGAUUUUAUCAUGGUUUGGAUUACCCCAGGUAUGAUGGAAUCAACUGGUGCCAAAAGCAUAAUUUUUCACGUGCACCUUAUUCAACUGAGCCAACAUGCAGCAUACACCAUGUUGAUCCUUCUUGUUUCAAUUGCUGUCCCCAACAGUGGCAACACUCUGCAGAGUUGCCUCCACGUGAUCUUUAUCAGCAUGAAGAGUUAUGUAGGCAUAAUCCAGGUCACAGUUGUUGUUCAGCCCACCAUUCUUAUCCUGUAAGUCCACAAUGGUCCAUGACCUCUAACCUUCAAGCACAUGCCCAUGAAACAAUGUCUUGUGAUCAGAUGUACAGGCCUGAGGUGAAAAAACAUUUUAGGGAGAAACCAGUCUUGACCAGGCGACAUUACCGGCCUGUGGCCGGUGGAGCACCGUUUGUCACUUGCAAUAAGUGCUUGAAACUGCUGCAACUGCCUGCAGAUUUCCUCCUUUUCAAAAGGGUGUUUCACCAGCUCAAAUGUGGUGCAUGUCAAGAGGUACUCAAAUUUUCUCUGCACAACAGAAGUCACAUAGUCUCUUAUGCAUCAAAUGAUGUAGAGCCGUCCCUAAACGAGGUCAUCUAUGGAAGCAAUCCACCAUCUGAGCCUCGUGACAACUACCAUCAUUCCCCACAUGCAGACCAUGCUUCAUAUUCUGAUGAUUAUGGAAAUUCCGCUGGUAAGAGCUACUCCUCUGAAGGAGAUCCCAUACCGUUAAAUCCCUUGCAUGGCAGUGAAUAUGAUAAACCAACUGUAUCUUCUGGUACCUUGGAGACUAUAACAGAGAAGGAGAAAACUGCUGUAAUAGGUCCUGGUACUGGUGAGGCUUCAGUUGAAACAGAUAAAUCAAAUAUGAACUCCUCCAAUUUUGCACCAGAAAUUGAAGCACAUUUUCAGCCAAAAAGUUCACCACUUCAUCAACUGAUGGGUUAUUCCUCACCAAGUCAAGUGGUAAGAGGGAUUCCAUAAUUUGUUGAAGGAAAAGAUCACAUGCUCAAUUGAGAAAAUGGUCUAGUCAUGAGUCUCAACAGUCAUGCACUGGCUCAUAUGACAAUUCGGUUUUUUCUUUAUUAUGGUGAAUCUAAAAUGAAGCUUGAAGGAUCAAGAAAUGGGCGAGUUCUUUUCUCCAACUUUGGGAUGUGGUGAUAAGGCAUUUACAUAAUCAAUUAUUUUGUUUAAUUCUAUUGAACAAGGGUAGUGAGAUUGACUUGUUCCUCUAAGAUGUGUAUCAGUAAUUUUGUGGAACAGUUUGGCAAUGUAUGCUGAAAAUAUAUUUAAUGUAAAAAUGUAAUUUUGGCUUGUAUA